GCCACUGGUAAGCUUGAAUCACUUCUCCAAUUUCGCCCUUCCAUUCCAACCAUUGAAAUGUUUCAAUUUUCUCUAUCUUAGUUUGUCUUCUUUGUCAUCAAACUGCGCAUCUGCGUUCUCUAAUUCAUACCUUUCUCAGUAGGUUUUGAUCAGGAUGGAGUAUAGAGAAGAUGAGAUUUGACAAACUAACAAAUUUGCGUGAGAGUGAUAGUUCAUGCUUUUAAUCAAACAUUUUGCUUCAAUUUUAUAUGGGCAUGUUUGAGUGUUUGGUAUGAGCAGAUAACUGAAACGUUUACAGUUUGCCCUUCCCAGUUUCUGUUUCAUUGAUAUAUUCAUAGCUCCAGAGAUCUCCCGCCUCAACCCAUUUGAGCAAAUACACUUAAAUAUGGAUUCUAUGGUAUGCUUUGCCAUACUUCUGAAUCAGACUCACAACUGAGGGAAUAGCAUAGUAAUGCAAAGAGUAUUUUGAAGAUCAAUUACUCCUAUAUUAGCUAACAUAUAUCAAAAGUUCAAAGGUUGAUCUUGGAAGUCUUUGGAUCUCAAGCGGUCUGUACAUUGAUGUUCUGGAGCUCUGCUAUUUGCAGUCAUGCAAAGGCAGAGUGUUCUUUACAAUAAGGCCUCUUUCAAUUUUGGAAAGAACUCAGAUGGUUUUGAUACCAGAAUUCCCUGUAUACUCCCCAGCUUGCUUCCUGACAGAAUCCAUGUUAGAUCAUGUUUUCUAAGGGCGGAAAUUCCAUCUAGCAUUAAAAUUGAAAGUUUGGACUUCACAAAAAUUGGCUGCACAUUUCGCCAGGCAGAAGUUAGAAGUGUGGCUUAUGAGAAUGAGGGAGAAUUAUCAGAUGAAGAUGAUGAGCUUUGUCCUGUUGACUGUGUUAGAGAAUUUAAGACAGAUGAGGAAUUCUCCCGAAUUCUGGAAAAGGCCAAGGAGACUAAUUCUCUAGUUGUGGUAGAUUUUUAUCGCACUUCUUGUGGAAGCUGCAAGUAUAUAGAGCAAGGCUUCGCAAAAUUAUGCAAGGGAUCUGGCGAUGAAGAAGCUGCGGUUAUCUUCUUAAAGCAUAAUGUAAUUGAUGAGUAUGAUGAAGAAUCUGAGGUUGCUGAGCGACUCAGGAUCAAGGCAGUGCCCCUCUUCCACUUCUACAAAGAUGGGGUUCUAUUAGAAUCAUUUCCAACCCGAGACAAGGAGAGGAUUAUUGCAGCCAUUCUCAAAUACACUUCUCCUGCAUCCCAAGAUGUUUAAGCUACUCUGGUUAUGUUUCCAAACUUUGCUACUGUAUAACAGUAACGGGUACUGAUAUGAGAGGAAUAUAUGAUUUAAGUGCUAUGAAGCAUUCCCCUUCUGUAAUAUAAUGUCUAGCAAUCUUAUGAAACGUUCAGUCUUUCCACUUGGAUUAAAUUGAUGUUGGCUCAAUAAGAUGAAAUACUUGUCCA